GGGGCGGGGGCGGGUCAGUGCUGUGCCGCUCUGCUCCUCGACCGGGUGUAUCUCGCCGCUCCCGGUGUGGUGGUUGUGUGGUGUUGUGGUGGUGCCCGUCCUCCCCCUCACUAGCGAUAAUUUUGUGACAACUUCCCUCCAACAGUUCUUGGAGAACGACAUGGAAUACCAGAACGACCAAGAGUACAUGGAGCCUGAGGAGGAGUGGGAGCGCGAGGGCCUCUUGGACCCCGCCUGGGAGAAGCAACAGAAAAAGACAUUCACCGCCUGGUGCAACUCCCAUCUCCGCAAGGCGGGCACCCUCAUCGAGAGCAUAGAGGAGGAAUUCCGCAAUGGGCUCAAGCUUAUGCUUCUGCUCGAGGUCAUCUCCGGCGAGACUCUGCCCAAACCCGACCGAGGCAAGAUGAGGUUCCACAAGAUUGCCAAUGUGAACAAGGCACUUGACUUCAUUGCCAGCAAAGGUGUGAAGCUGGUAUCAAUUGGUGCUGAAGAAAUUGUUGAUGGCAACCUGAAGAUGACGUUGGGUAUGAUCUGGACCAUUAUUCUGAGGUUCGCCAUUCAGGAUAUUAGUGUAGAGGAGAUGACUGCCAAGGAGGGUCUCUUGCUCUGGUGCCAGCGUAAGACUGCUCCUUACAAGAACGUCAAUGUUCAGAACUUCCACACCUCCUUUAAGGAUGGUCUUGCAUUCUGUGCCCUCAUCCAUCGUCACAGACCCGACCUGCUGGACUACUCUCAGUUGUCCAAGGAUGAUCCCCUCCACAACCUUAAUCUUGCCUUCGACAUUGCUGAGAAGCAUCUUGAUAUCCCUAGGAUGUUGGACCCCGAUGAUCUGGUGAAUACCCCAAAGGCUGAUGAGCGGGCCAUCAUGACCUACGUGUCUUGCUACUACCAUGCCUUCCAGGGGGCCCAGCAGGCUGAGAUGGCAGCCAACCGCAUUUGCAAGGUACUGAAGGUUAACCAAGAGAACGAGCGACUCAUGGAGGAAUACGAACGCCUCACCUCUGACCUGCUGGAAUGGAUCCGUCGCACCUUGCCAUGGCUCCAGGCCCGCCAGCAGGAUAAUACUCUGGCUGAUCUGCAGAAAAAGUUAGAAGAGUAUCGUCUGUACCGCCGCAACCACAAACCCCCACGUGUAGAGCAAAAAGCUAGACUGGAGACAAACUUCAAUACGCUUCAGACCAAACUUCGCCUCUCUAACCGUCCUGCAUACCUUCCCUCUGAAGGGAAGAGUGUCACUGAUAUCGCCAAUGCAUGGAAGAAUCUUGAAGGCUGUGAGAAAUCUUUUGAAGAAUGGCUGCUUUCUGAGAUGAUGAGGUUGGAGCGUCUUGAGCACCUUGCUAAGAAGUUCAAGCACAAGGCUGAGAUCCAUGAGUCCUGGACUGCAGGCAAAGAAGAAAUGUUACAGAGUCAAGACUUCAGGCAUUGUAAACUUAAUGAACUCAAGGCUCUCAAAAAGAAGCACGAGGCCUUUGAAUCCGAUUUGGCUGCACACCAGGACCGUGUAGAACAGAUUGCAGCAAUUGCACAAGAGCUGAAUGCCUUGGACUACUACGACUCCGCCACUAUCAAUUCACGCUGUCAGGCAAUAUGUGACCAAUGGGAUCGUCUUGGAACCCUCACCACCUCUCGCAGGAAUGCUCUAGAAGAGACAGAGAAACUUCUGGAAAAGAUUGAUCAGCUUCACCUUGAAUUUGCCAAGAGGGCAGCACCUUUCAACAACUGGCUGGAUGGAGCAUGUGAAGACUUGGUGGACAUGUUCAUCGUGCACACCAUUGAAGAGAUUCAGGGCUUGAUUGAUGCCCAUAAUCAGUUCAAGGCAACUCUGGGCGAGGCUGACAAGGAAUAUCAGGCCAUCAUUUCUCUGGUGACAGAGGUUCAGCACAUGGCCCAACAAUACCAUAUACCAGGUGGUCUUGACAACCCCUACACUACACUUACUGCACAGGUUAUCUCAAGCAAGUGGGGAGAAGUGAAGAAGCUGGUGCCCCAGCGUGAUGGAACCCUCCAGGCCGAGCUCCAGAAGCAGCAGAACAAUGAGAGCCUGAGGCGGCAGUUCGCUGAAAAAGCCAACGGUGUGGGUCCUUGGAUUGAGAAGCAAAUGGAUGCAGUUGCUGCUAUUGGCAUGGGCAUGCAUGGCUCUGUUCUUGAAGAUCAGCAGAACCGUCUGAAGGACUAUGAAGCUGCAGUCAUUGGCAAUAAGGCAAUCAUGGAUGAGAUGGAGAAGAUCCAUCAAGCUGUCCAGGAGUCCAUGAUCUUUGAGAAUAGGUAUACCCAAUACACAAUGGAAACUCUGCGAGUUGGAUGGGAGCAGCUGUUGACGUCCAUUAACCGUACCAUCAAUGAAGUGGAGAACCAGAUCCUCACUCGCGACUCUAAGGGCAUUAGCCAGGAACAACUCAAUGAAUUCCGUUCGUCCUUCAACCACUUUGAUAAGAACAGG